GGAGGUUGCCAAAUGUGGGCUUAUAUAUAUAAUAUUGUUUAAAUAUUGCCAUUUGUAUGACAUUUUCAUUACAUCGAAAUUUCAGGAGUUGCUGGGGGAGUAGGAACAGAUUGAUAAAACCCCAUGUGAGGUACAAAGACAGAAGAAGUAACAAGUAGUGACUUAUUCCUCCGCGCACCGCUUUUAAAUCGUCGGCACAGUCUGGCGACCUCAAUCAUCGAUGGCGGCGCUUCUAAACCAAACGACAACUGCGGAGCCGCGAACCGCACCAAGGCGCCUUUAAAAUACAGUGUUUGUUGUUGCUUUGUUAUUUUGUUUUUAAUAUUGUUUAAUAGGCGAAGCGCUGUUAUUGCGGCCAUGGAUACGAAGAAGUUUAAUAUCAAUCUGGACGAUUCUGUUUUAACCAAAGAGCGACCUAAGCAGGUGAAGUCCCUUUUUAAACCUUCAUCGCUGAGUGGCGAUAGCGGUCGCGCCGCGGGAGAGACCUCAGCGGAGACCGCAACCGUGCCCGGCAAACAGCCGCCGUCCUAUGCGGAGUUUGUCAUCCGGCGGAAAGGCGGUGGUCCUCCGAAGGGAGACCGAGGAGGCGUCCCCGAGACGGGACCGCGAGGGACUGGAUCGGGAACGCGGUUCCAGAAAGGGGCGGACAUGCACGCUGCCGGUACUGCGGCAGCUCCUUUGACAGAUGUGCGGGAGGAAGGUCAGAGGUCGGAAGCAGGCCUCGGUAGCAUUCCGAAGGCACCUGGAUCAGGGAACAGCAUCAUUGUUAGCCCCAGACAGAGAGGAAAUCCUAUCCUGAAGUUUGUGAGAAACGUGCCCUGGGAGUUCGGUGAAGCAGUUCCAGAUUACGUCCUGGGACAGACCACCUGUGCUCUCUUUCUCAGCCUGAGGUACCACAAUCUGAACCCCAACUACAUCCAUGACCGCUUGAAGCAGCUGGGACAGAGCUACACCCUCAGGGUGCUUCUAGUGCAGGUCGAUGUGAAAGACCCCCACCAUGCCCUCAAAGAACUGGCACGCAUCUGUAUCAUGGCAGACUGCACCCUCAUUUUGGCCUGGAGCCCAGAGGAGGCUGGACGUUACCUGGAGACAUACAAGGCCUAUGAGAAGAAGCCGGCAGACCUCCUGAAGGAGCAGGUGGAGAAAGACUUCCUGUCUAAGUUCACAGAUUGUCUUACCACGGUGAAGUCGGUCAACAAGACUGAUGCCCUCACCAUGCUGUCCACAUUUACUUCUCUGGAGGGGGUAAUAAAUGCCUCCAAAGAAGAUCUUGCACUCUGCCCUGGCUUAGGCCCGCAGAAGGCUAGGCGCAUCUAUGAUGUUCUCCAUCAGCCCUUCCUCAAAGCCAGGAAAAGCGACAUGUAGCACCGACUGUACGUUUUCA